AUGAGGCAGCACAUGGCGAGAUAUUUGGCGGAGCAACGGAGCUUGAUGCGACGGGGAUAUUAUGCCUCGUUGUCCCGGAGCCAGCGACGAGCGAAUCGGCUCUUGCGUGAUGGCGAAGGGCAACGGAGGGAGGCGUCCCCUGAGCUGCAGCUCCUUGCGUCCCCACUGAUCUCAUCGGAAGGGCUCGACCAGUGGCGAAGCGGCCAGCGAAGCGGCCCUCAACAGAGGCGGAGGAGCGACCGACGGAUCGCGCUGGAAGCAGCAAAGGAGGCGCUGCGACAGCGGCAGGUCUGGGAGGACGCGCGGGCGCUGGCGAAGAGUCUGAAGGCCACGCAGGAGGCGGAGCAAGCGGCCGAGGAGGCCAAGGAAAAGGCCCGGCGGGAGGCGGAGGAGCACCACCGGAAGUGUGUGCUGGAAAAGGUGGCGGCCGAAUUGCGAGAGAAGGAGCGGCGGAGGGCCGAGGAGAAGAGCCGCGAGGAAGAGGCAAGGCGGGGCGCAGAGGAGGAGGGUCGGUGGCAGCCGUCCCCUCCGACGCCGGGGCCCGAGAGCCGAGGCCAGGCCACGGCAGAAGAAGAGUGGCAGGAGCGACUACGUCGGGCGGAAGAGGAGGAGGAGGGCCUGUGGCAGCCUUCCCCUACGACACCAGAGCCCGAAGACCGUGGCCAGGCCGCGCCGGACGAGGAGGAGGAGGAGCUGUGGCAGCGACGGCCGCGGACCGAGGAAGAGGCGAGGGAGCCGGAGGUUCCGGAAGAAGCGCGGGUGUGGGAGGAGACGCCGGCCCGACGGAGCAAUGGCCGCGACCCAAGGGGGCGGUCGGCGGCAGCGGAGCCAGCAGCGGAACCGGCAGCGGCGAGCGCGACGGCAGAGUCGGCAGCGGAGCCAGCGACGGCGAGCGCGGCGGCAGAGUCGGCGGUGGCAGCGGACACGGCAGCGGAGCCAGCCGCGAGCGCGGCGGCAGAAUCGGCGGCGGCAGCGGAACCAGCGACAGCGAACUCGGCAGCGGCGGGAGUAAGCUCACCUGAUCCCUGGGAGCGGGGUCCGUGGCAGUGGCCCGCGCCGGAAGCCAGGCGCACAAAUCCGAGGCCGGAGCGGCAGUUGUCGUGUCCGGCGGAGCGGGAGAGACCGCGGGCGCCCAUGCAGCGCCAGGCGUCGUGGCCACAGGCACAGCUAGAGGCGGAGGGCCCACGCUGGCAGCCCGUGAGAUGGGAGGAGUGGCCAGGGGCGGUGGAGCGCGUCCUGACUCGAACGAGGUUCACCUCGAGGCGCAUCAAGCGGCUGGUGAAUGACGGAGGGGUCCGGUACCGAGUGACGGUGUCCCGGGACCACCAGGAGGUGUUCCGAGAAGCUGGGGCUCAGUAA